GACGAAAGUGGCUCCUGACCGCGUCAUAGAUACCGAAACGAUAAAACAAAAACUACAAGUGGCAGGAGAUUUUUGUUAGAACGUUAAAUUGUUUAAAACUUUAUGUUGAUCAACGUGAAGAACAAACUGAUUCUAACAGAGAGAAAAAAAAGGUUACAAAAGACAGACUGGAUUUUUAAGAAUUAAACUUCUGUUAUACUCAAAUCAAAAUGAGACUACUACAGAUGUGUAUUUAUAUUUAUGGUGUAUUUGAAAUGAUACAGCAUGAAGUGAUGUGUAUUCCACAAGGCACUCGUAGUGAGAUUGAGAAAAAUGUACUCGAAAUUUUCGGUAUGGAUAACCGACCACGUCCGGACCUGAUCCAGUCUUUUUCACGGGAUGUGACAUCAUCUGCCAAGAAGUAUAUGAUUGGCUUAUACGAGACUGUGCAAGAAAAAGCUGUCUCUCAAAAUACGACAGAAAGUACGAUGAACACGACAGUUACGGGAAACAGUACCGACUUGUUGCACAAGGCCGACACGAUAAUUAGUUUUGUUAAUAACGGGCUUGUUCCCCGUCCAAACGCAAGCGAUGAAGACGGCGCAAUGUUUUUUGACGUCGAGUCAAAUCUCGUGAUCGAAGACACAUUAGCAUCGGAGGUUCGCAUAUUUCUGAAUGUGAGUAAAAAGAAGCUAGCUGAUAACGUCUUAAGAGUGACUGUAUACAAAAUUAUUAUUCCGAAAACGCGAUAUCUGGUAUUGGCUUCCCGCAUAGUUAAUGCGACAGAAUCGCAGUGGCAUGAAUUUGACGUCCUUAAAGCGUCAAUAUCGUGGAAAGAAGAUCCGUCACAAAACAACGGUAUUCUUGUUGUUUGCGAAACAUUGACCAAUCAAGUCAAAGCGUUUAAAGAAUGUGGACUCAUUGACCUUCGCAGUGACGACGAGAACAGGCCUUUUUUGGUUUCUUUUUAUCACUCUGGAGAUGAGGAUGAAAUCUUAGCCGAGCAGUUACCCGAGGAUGGAGACACCGAUUAUAAAACACAAGCGAGGGAGAGAAGACGUAGAAAUUUGGAUCAUUUAUUUCCGAGAGGCUCAAUGUCUGGGAGUUUUCGUAACUUGAAACGUCAUAACUCCACAUGCGGGAGACACCCACUGUAUAUAGCAUUCAGAGAUCUAGGUUGGAACGAUUGGAUAAUAGCACCAGAAGGAUAUAAAGCUGCGUACUGCGGUGGAGAGUGCAAAUUCCCGUUACAUGAGAACAUGAACGCAAGUAAUCAUGCCAUUAUACAAACAUUAGUCCACAUGAUGAUGCCAGAGAAAAUUCCUGAGCCCUGUUGUGCCCCAGUACGGCUUGAGCCGUUAAAGGUACUCUACUUAGAUAGAUCCAAUAACGUAGUCAUGAAAACCUACUCUGACAUGAUUGUAAAUGAUUGCGGUUGUCAAUAAUACUAAAAUAGCUUGCUACGUGUGAAAUAAUUUCACUAACAUUAAAAAGAGUUGUCAACUUUUCGAGAUGGUGAAUUGCCACUUCAUAUAAAUUUCGAGUCAAGUAUCGAAACUGAAGAAACCUCUUUACCAGCCAGGGGAUAUGUUAUUUUUUGUAAUAUAUAUAUAAUGACAUAUUUAAUAUAUAUUUUUAACUUAUCUCUGAUAAAUUUUAAUUUAAACGUGCUUCACUUUUGAGCGAUUCCAAUAUGGCAUGAAAAGUUCCACAACAGGGCACCUUGUUUGUGUAUAAUUAUUGUAAUUUAAAAAAAUGUUUUAAAACUCACAUUUGUAAGCAUAUGUAAAAGUAAAAUGCUAUCCGAUAUUGUAAAAAACAGAGCUUUUUAAUUGUUUCCUUAAUCUCUUUC